AUGUCGUCUAAAGAAUUCAACGUCAUUGCUAUCCUCUACCCCCAAAAGGGAAAGACCGACGAGGUCCUCGGCCACAUGAAAGAAGUCGCAGAAUACGUCCAAGCCAAAGAACCCGGUGUUUUAUCCUACUCCAUCAAUCGAUCUCUGAGACCGAAURAAGAUGGUACCGAGGAGAUUGUCAUGAUUGAGAAAUAUCAAAACCAGCAGGCGUUAAAAGAACAUGGUUCAAGCCAGGUUUUCACGGCUUUUAAUAAGAAAUUGGGAGAGUUGAAUUUGAUGCGGCAGCCGAUGAUGUUGAAGAUGGUUUCGCAGGCUGGGGGGUUUAGCUCGAGGUUGUGA